CCCUGCGCACAGCCGAACCCUGGCACUCGGUUGGGCGGACGCAGCGCCCAGAGCGGGCCCAGGCCUCAUGGAGUUGGGGCUUGCGGGGCGCCGGGCGCUCGUCACCGGGGCGGGCAAAGGCAUUGGGCGCAGCACGGUCCAGGCGUUGCACGCGGCGGGUGCGCAGGUGGUGGCCGUGAGCCGGACCCAGGCCGACUUGGAUAGCUUGGUCCGCGAGUGCCCCGGGGUAGAGCCCGUGUGCGUGGACCUGGGCGACUGGGAGGCCACGGAGCGGGCGCUGGGUGGCGUGGGCCCCGUGGACCUGCUGGUGAACAACGCGGCGGUGGCGCUGAUGCAGCCCUUCCUGGAGGUCACCAAGGAGGCCUGCGACAGGUCUUUUGAAGUGAACCUUCGGGCCGUCAUCCAGGUGUCCCAGAUCGUGGCCCGAGGCCUGAUAGCUCGGGGAGCCCCGGGGUCCAUCGUGAAUGUCUCCAGCCAGGCCUCCCAGCGCGCCCUGCCUAACCACAGCGUCUACUGUUCCACCAAGGGGGCCUUGGACAUGCUGACCAAGAUGAUGGCUCUGGAGCUCGGGCCACACAAGAUCCGUGUGAAUGCAGUGAACCCCACAGUGGUGAUGACGCCCAUGGGCCGGGCCAACUGGAGCAACCCCCCGAAGGCCAAGGCCAUGCUGGACCGCAUCCCACUGGGCAGGUUUGCUGAGGUGGAGCACGUGGUGGACGCCAUCCUUUUCCUGCUGAGCGACCGGAGCAGCAUGACCACCGGCUCCACUCUGCCGGUGGACGGAGGCUACCUGGCCACCUGAGCGCCCGCCCCACCCCCACCCCCACCCAAUAAACGUGCUGCUUCUGCCCAGUCUGCACACUCA